AUGGAAGCGGUGUACCAGCCGCCGAACUCACCAGACCUGAACGUGCUCGACCUCGGCUUUUUUUGGUCGAUUCAGACGCUGCAGGAACAGAAGUACCCACGGUACAUCGACGACAUCGUUGCCGGUACCCUGCAAGCGUGGCGUGAGUGUUGCAUGAAGGAAGUCAUUCGGGUGGCAGGCAACAACAACUACAAGGUGCCUCACAUGAAGAAAGCGAAGCUUGCAGCGAAAGGUAUGUUGCCUGAAGGUGUUGGUGUUGAUACUGACACAAUCAAUGAUGGUUUUAACCUGCUGUGUGCGACUGACAUGGACGAAAGAGUGGAAGAGUUGGCACUGGAAAUUUCCAAGACCAUUUAA